AACCUGCCCCUGCUCACAGACGUCAGCACCACCAGAGAGAGGCUGGAGCAGGCAAACCCGUACCUCGACUGACACAACACACAGCAGCGCAAGGAGCAAGACAUGCCAUAAUAACGCAGCGAGAGGACAAACAGGGGUGGGGGGGUACAAGCCGCCCCGCACUGCGACGUGGAGGUCUGCUGCGGCUGCCCGGGAAUGCCCACCGUGCAGCCCUGAAGGGAAAAUGAAGCGCAAGAGCGAGAGGAGACGAGCCGAGUCGAGGAAAAAGCGCUGUGCAGCUCACAACAGCUCAGAGGCGGCGCCAAACUCUGAUGUUUACGUUGAGAUAACAGAUCAACUAUAUUUCGCCAUACUAAAGCAAAAGAUCAAGAGCACAGCUGAACGGCACUGUUUCUGCAUAGAUGAAGAGCUGGCAUACGAGAACUUCUAUGCAGACUUUGGUCCCCUUAACCUGGCCAUGUUUUAUCGCUUCUGUUGCAAGCUGACAAAGAAGCUCAAGUCCAUUACGCUCUCAAGGAAGAAGAUCAUAUUUUAUACCUGUGGAGAUCAGAAGAAACAGGUCAAUGCUGCCUACCUGAUCGGCUCGUAUGCAGUAAUGAAUCUAAACAUGAUGCCAGAGGAGGCCUACAGUCUGCUGGUUUCAAGGAAUUCAACAUAUAUUCCAUUCAGAGAUGCUUCAUUUGGAACCUGCAUGUACAACCUGAACAUCCUAGAUUGCCUUCGUGCGGUUCACAAGGCUCUGCAGUACGGCUGGCUCGACUUCUCCAACUUCGACGUGGAAGAAUACGAGCACUAUGAGCGAGCAGAAAACGGAGACUUGAACUGGAUCAUUCCAGGAAAGUUCCUUGCCUUUAGUGGCCCUCAUCCAAAAAGUAAAAUAGAGAAUGGUUACCCAUUGCAUGCUCCUGAAGCCUAUAUCCCAUACUUCAGGAAACACAACAUCACCGCUAUCAUCAGACUCAACAAGAAGAUGUAUGAUGCCAGGCGUUUCACAGAGUCUGGGUUUGAGCAUCACGAUCUGUUCUUUGUGGAUGGGAGCACACCAAAUGACUCCAUUGUCAGGAAGUUCCUCAACAUAUGUGAGAAUGCUGAAGGAGCCAUUGCUGUCCACUGCAAAGCUGGUCUGGGGAGGACUGGCACUCUGAUCGCCUGCUAUAUGAUGAAACAUUACCAUCUGACUGCUGCAGAGGCCAUUGCCUGGAUCCGGAUCUGCCGACCAGGGUCCAUCAUUGGGCCCCAGCAGAACUUUGUUGAAGAGAAGCAGAACAGUCUGUGGGCAGAGGGAGAUGUUUUCCGGGAGAAGAUGCUAAGUGAGCGGGAGAACGGCAAGAUGGCCGUGACCAGGAUCCUGUCUGGGGUGGAUGACAUAACCAUCAACGGGAGCAACAAGAACCGGGCAUCCAAGAAAGAAGAAAUGGAACUGUAUAAUGAUGAAGAGGAGAGAAACGGCCUCACACAGGGAGAUAAACUGCGAGCCCUGAAGAGCAAGAGGCAGGCCCGAUCGUCCUCUGGUUCACUAUCGCAGGUGGUAGUGUUCUGCUGCAACCUCAUGGGCACGGUGUGGCCGAUGUGUUGCCUGCCGUUCAAAAGAUAGCAGAGAGAGGCAGAGAGAGAGUGGGGGAGAGGAAAAACAGAGAGAGGAUGUGAGGUUUUGUAUGAUGGAGGUAAGUGCACGUCACUUCCUUUUUUAGCUGACAUCCUCUUCCUGUAGAAAUGGUUGCUAUGCCAGUGAAUGGUAUGGCUGACUUAAAGUUCUUUUUUUUUCCCUUUCUUUCUUUCUCUGGAUGACUAUGGUGUGAAGUGGAUAUGCACUUAGUGGAUGCAAUACAUUUACACGCCUUUCAUUAUCUGCCUCUCAUGGACACACUGAGCUGUUCUGCUUUGAUAUCGCGGCUUAUCCGAGAUAUCCUCUGAGUUACAGUGGAGCUCUCAAGUUGAGCCCGCUGUACUUGUUUACAACAGCACCAAUUAUUCAACUAAUCACGGUUUACAUAAGAUCUGGAUUAGUUGAAUUACAUGUUUUAGUGCUUGGCUUGCACAACUGACUCGGCACUUCUGUAGAAACAAAUGUUAGUAAGGGAAACUUGGUCCUCGUUCUGAUCUGAAGUAGGUACUUCCUUUUUGUUUGGUAAAGUAGCUAACUUGCCUGCUCAACCACUUUUAAGCUUUAGGUGUUUUUGGAAAUUGUCAAUAGUAUUUUUGUGUUUUAAAAUGAUCUUUUGACUGAGGUGUUUUUUAUGAGUUUAAUUAGCAGCAUUGUUUGGGUGGUAAAUUCCUCCUGAUCCUCAUCCUAAUACAAAAGGAUAUAAAACAUCAUAUGUGAGCGUCUGAGGAGGUAGCGGGAUGAAAAUGGGUAUUUAUCCGUUCUCAGGAGGGAGUCGAGGCAGAAGGGAGAUUUGCUUGUACUUCAGGCCAUAUGCCUUAUCAGUGUAUGCGUUGCUACACAAACAUCUAACUUUCAGCUGAACUUCACCAUCUGGCUCCACUGUUUGUUUUAUUAUGUAACACCGAAGUGCAUGUUGAAUUCCAGUGAUGAUUAGAACGAUGGUUAUAUGAAAACGUUUCUUCAUCUUCUGCCUUUUUUCAUGCAUGGCGACAGGCAUGAAACCCUUGGACAUGCAUGCAUGGACAUGCCUCUAUGUUCGAUCUAUGUUUGUGUCUAACAUGUAUUUAAUGUUGGGCCGGGCUCAUUGUCAAUUGCCUGUUGUUUUUCCAUUGCUUUUGUGACUGGAUCAGUGCACACAUACUAUCUGAGCUUUGUUUACUCCUUCAGGUUUCUGCCUCUGCCAGCUUCUUUUUAAAUGUUUCGUCAAACAAAAUCUGAUAAUGGACACAACAUUUGUAGGAUUUUAUCAUUUUAGACAUUUGUGAGCUCGACCAAACACUCUGUGUAAAAAUGAAAUAUCAGACCGUAUAUUAUCAGUUUUAUGUUUUUUAAUACACACAAACACACACACUUCAUAAUGCCCACAUUGGUCAGGUUCUAAGUAUAUAGCAAUCUGCUAACACGAGUGAAGAACAAAAACUAGCUGUCUGGCACUGUUGGAUACAAGGCUCAAUGAAAGGUAUUUCAUCUAAUCCAGUCCCAGUGGAAAAGCUGAACAUCAGAGGCUUUGUGUCCUGCCUGGACGUCUCUUGUCUCUCCUUCCUUUUUUUCCCCUUUUUUUCCGUUUGCUCUUGUUGUUGGAUUUGUCCUCC